AUGCUAUUCGGACACGAAGAGUCAUCUUUCGGGAACCCUGGGCGUACCAAACCGUAUACUAAGGCGGAUGCAAUUGGAGAUUGGGAGUUUAAAGACUCACCAGACGAUGUCUCCGUCUUCGACGACGCCAAACGUAUACUGGAUGACUGGGAAUGUUGGGACUAUACGCAACUUUAUUUACUCAAGAGAACGAAGUGCUUCAUUGUAGCUCCUUCACGAUGCGCCUUGCCUUCUGAUGCGGAGGAAGUUUUACCACAGGAUUCUCGAAGGAUCUACAACCAACUUUCGGCGGCUUUCUGCAGAGCUUCUGCCCGAUCGGAUGAUCCUUACAACAAGAACUGGAUAAUGCCAAUUUAUAAGCGACAAUACCCUCACGGAGAAAGUCUGUUGCGAGUCGACUCACUCAUUAUUUGA